AUGCCUAUCACCAUCAGUAGUGUGGCUUCAUUAUCAGGGGUUUUAACAAAACGAUUCCUGAUUAAGAUUUUAGGUAAGAUAUAUUCCUGCCUGUGUCCUGGUCUCAAGCGAAAUUAUCCCUUUGUCUUAUGUCAGUUUAGUUGACCUAGAGCCAUUGAUUUAAUCGUAAUAUUGUUCCCUACAGAUGUGAAUGAAAUGCCAACAGCAAUCUGCCUGACGAGUCCGCAACCCUUUGAUGACUGUUCAGUGGUUGGUCACAUUUUAAUAGAAGACUUGGAUUAUCCCACACUGAAAUGUGGGAGUAGCAAGACUAAUGAUUUGGAGAAAUAUUCAAGCCAAUUAUCAGAAUACAGAUGUCAUAUCCAGAAAGGCACGGAAACUUUACGCAAUAAAGUAAUGGUGAAUGAACAUUUUUAUAUUCAACACUCGCCACCAAUAUUAUAUGUGAAAAAGACUAUAUUCACUCAUGGAGAUGCAUCUUAUGAUGUCCCUAUUGUAUGCCGAAGUACCAAACAUCCCCUACAUAUCUUCUCUAAAACGUUAAAUGUGAAUAUCAAAGGUAAGCAGUCAAAACGCUACUUAGAAACAUUCAACACUGGUAGGCAACCUUGCAAAGCCAGGGCCUUUUACCUGCGCUUGGGCUACAGCAAAGAGCCUGGUUUACUCUGGUCACGUGAACCCCCAGAUUUUAGGGGUAAUUCGAAUUGCCGCUUCUUUGCCACUUAGGGAGGAGUGGUAGGGGGAAUUGCCACAAAAAGCCAGGAAUGGCCAAAAGCGAAAAUGAAAACAUCUAUACUAUGCAUGCCUAGGGAGAACACGGCCAUUUACUCUCUGUUUUAACCCAUAUUUUGGGUUUUGUCGGUUUUUGUGUUAUCUUUAAUGAAAUAUGUCACCGCUUGAAAGCUUUUUACACCUCAGUAUUUGAUAUAAUUUGCAUGGUUGGAGGUCUGUUUUACACCUUGAAGUGGAGCCGUUUAUUUACCAAGGCAAAGAAAAUAAUGGUCGAAUGCACACUUAUACAAACAUUCAGUAGCUCUCAAGCUAGUGGCACAGCAAAAGGAAACUCCAAAGAUGAUUUAUUCGAAAUCCUUUUUGUUUUCGGAAUGCAAGUGUCGCUUUCGUGGUAUUAUUUUGUUGACGAGAAGUAUUGCAAAAACCUAUUUCUUAAGCUGGCGAAAUAAAAACAUGCUUCGUAUCGCAGAAAAUGUAAAUGCGUGUGAUGACAGACUUUCGAAUCUUCCUAAAUUAACAUUAAAUUAAAAUGCGUAGUAGCGAAGUAGCGAAGUAGUUGUAGUUCGCUACUGUAGCGAACUACAAUUUUCAAGUAGCCAGUCGUUUUUGACUAUACCUUUUUAAAACAGUAGCUUUAGUUAUAGCGAACUACAUUUUGCCUAAAAGUAGCCGAGUAGUUGAUUACUUUUCAAACAGCGAAUCGCUAUUUGCUACUUUUUAACAGCGAAUCGCUAUUCGCUACUAAUUGUUAGCAACUUGAUAGAAUAGCACGAUAUUGAGACACGGUUUGCUUAAAAUCAAUGCUCGAUAGUGAAUUUGCACUCCUGAAUACUGUAGUGCUUACAAAUAUGUUGCUUUGUGUUUACUGUUGCUACUCGUAAAUCGAUUUGUUAUAGGUUACAUUACAGCCUGAGUUAGUAGAUGCUCCAAAUACAGUAAAACUAAAAAGUUUAGCAUAGCAAAAUUGCGAAAUAGUUCGCUACAUUUUUUAAGCAGUAGCUGUAGUCAGUGGCGAACUACUUUGUUCAAAAGUAGCAGUAGUUGUAGCUGACUACAUAUUUUUGACGGAGCUGUAGUUAUAGCGAACUACAAAUAUUUUGUAGUCAAUCGAAUGGUUAAGUAGAGCGACUGGAGGGAUUGCAGAAAUGAUAAACAACUUCGACAUAGCUGUUGGAAUUAAGUCAAGAAGGUGUCCUCUCACAAGCAUAAAUCUUCAGAGAAAUUGAAAACAUUUUAUCUGAUCUCUUGGAAUUGAAACCAUUAAAUAGGAACAACAAGAGGGCACUCAGAGACUGCAUACCUCCGCCCACAUUAAAUUUCGGUCGUGUGAAAUGGAACUAAGACAAUAGAUAAUUAGGGCUGAAGCUUAAUGAGGUUUAUCAUCUCAUUGUCUUCUUAGUCCUGCGUGCAUACAUUAUAGACGUCCUAAUUACGCAUUCAGUGAGUUUUUUUUAAUUGACCGGGAAAAGCAAGACAAAAUUUUGUUCAUUUCUCGUUCAAUUUUUAACCAAAUUCAACCAAAUUUUAAUCAGUUCUUCCUUAGCCGAUGGGAAAUGCAUUCAAAAAAUUUCGUAUGAAUAUGUUUGGUAUUUCUUGAGUUAUCGUGCUCACAGACAAACACACACACAUACACACACACACACACACAUACACACACACACACACACACACACACACACACACAUUCACACAUACAAACCCAGAUGAUUACAUAACCUCCUGGCGGAGGUAGUGAACAUUUUCAUGAAGGUUUCACAGAUAUAUGAUCAUCAGAUUCAUUAGCAACAUUAGAUAUAAUGCCGUGACACCACCAGUGGACACAUCAGAAGAUGAAGAGGAACUAUGACUAUGAAUACUAAAAACGUUCUUAUUUUAACACAUCAAUAUAGCCUCAUGGGAAUACAAAUUAAAUUAGUAUUUAUAAUAUAUUUGAGGUGCUAAACUUUUUCAAAACUAUCAUUAUUCCCAUUAGUUAUUUAGCAAUCAUAUAUUAUUGUACAUCUAAAUAUUGUCUGUGACAACCGUAAUUGAAAUAGGUGUAUGGUACGUUACAGUAUACUCACUGUAUAUUUAGCAAUUAUACCAUGAGCUCGAGUCGUAUAUGAGCUGAUAUAGCCGUCGCGGUGCGUAGCACCGAGUCAGCUAUCAGCUAGCCAUAUACGACGAGAGCGAAUGGUAUAAUUGCUUGUUUUAUAAUAUAGUCUAAUUCAAGUCUAAUAGCCAUUAACUGAAGCAAUAAUCAAUUAUCCUCUGUUACAAUGUCUUGACAAUUUGUUCGGCCAAAAACCGCUUGGCCUUGAAAAUUUGAAAUACUUUUGUUUUACAACUCGAAGACGAAGUGAAAGAAAUGGUUUUAGAACUGUAUAUCUUGCAGAAAAGCUCAGAUAUAUUAUGCAGAUGAUUGCUAGUAUAGCAAGUGCUUGUUGACUGCAAAUUCAUUUGUCUUUCGUUGUAAACUUUUCUGAACAAUUUAUAUUCUCAAUGAACAUGUUUUUCGCUGUUGUUUCGAUAUUAAUUCUUUAAAAAAACUUGUAUUUAAACUAAUUUCUAUGUAAUGAAUGUAUUUUGCUAACCUGUCAAAAUUUUUUGAGAGUUUUUCCUUGUACUAUUAUCUUUCUCAAAGCGAAUAUUUUCCUUUUUUCUGCUUCGCAAAACUCAUGUAGUUUUUGGAGCGCCAUCUUGUUUUUCGCUAUUCGCCGUAUAUAUGAGGUGAUAUACGGCGAGUAAUUCAACCAAUCAUAUUGCAGAACAGCUCAUAUACGGUGAAUGACUAUAUUAUAAAUACAUAUAUAUUCAAUUUGCACUUUGUUCUGCUGUAUGGGUUUUUGUCCAUAAAAUAAUUCAGUUGAUGCAAAUGAUGGCACAUAUAUGUUUGAGGGUCAGGAGAGUGUGGACAUACUGCAAUUAGUUGUGCCAACUGUAAGAAAACUGAGUUCAACAAAAUUCACAUUUGUGAUGAAUUGUAUAUUCAUUUCGUACAAGGUUAAGAAUAUAUUACAGAUUUAAUCAGGUAUUAAAAACAUCUAAACUGCACUCAACAUGCAUGUGCAUAAACAUUGUGUUUUGCCGCAUACACUACAGCAUAAAUUGAUCUGCAAAUGUCCUCCAAGGCAUCAAUAUCUUGCCUAUAUGAUAUCUGAAUGUCUUUUCGUAAAAGAUGUUCUUUCCGUCAGAAUUUGCAACCAAUUCAAAGCAAUUAUGCAAGCCGAGUGAUUUUUAUGUGCCUUUGGUGAAGUUUAUUUGCUGUAGCAGUCAUAGCAAUAACGACUUGUAUAAGGAAAUACAGCACACAAUAUACUAAGUUUAGCAUAACCUCGUUUAAAUCAUCCCUCCUAAAACAAAAUUAAGAUAACAAUGGAUAAUUGAGAAAUAACAUGCAUGUAGGUCUUAUCUUUUGUUCAAGUUCAGCUACAUAGUAAUCAAUCUUUUCGUUGUCACAUUUUAAUGGCUGUUGAAAAACAUUUAUUGAUGAUACUCUGAGUUUUAUAGCGCAUAAUUUUCGAACUGGAUUGUUUAUCAAAGCGCGCGCUCGCCAUAUACUGUAACGAGCAGCACAGAGGUCACGUCAUUUACUCAUUUACACAAAGGUCCUGAGUUGGACGUUCUUUUACCGCUCUUUUAGCGAAAAGCAUCAAAAGCAAAAGCUGGUAAAUCAGCGACUCGCUAUAACCGGUUGGAAAAUUGCGACUAUAUGCACGCUAAAGACUAAGGACAGCUUUUCGAAUAUAUCACAUUUCAACAGUCCUCCCCUAGGAUCUUCUGUUGAUCUAGUUUUUAGGAGUUCACGUGACUAGAGGGAACCAGAGUCUUUGCUGUAGCGCCGUGCGUAAGUAAAAGUCCCUGUCUUGCACUGGUAGGUUUCAGUACGCGUUACAGCAGCGAGCCGAUUGUGGCCCUACAACUUACUGCUGACGCUUAUAGGAGAAAAAUAUAAUUAAAAUAUAUCUCUUAUGUUUUUAUUGUCCCAGCGACGUAACGCUCCGUGGAGCGUAUUGUUCUAUUUAUUUUCCACCAAACAUAAGAUUACCAUGCAUAUAUCGUGAAAAGAAUAAAUAUGAUUUUCGCACUCUGAUAACUGCAGAUUGACCACCAUCUGCUCCGCACGGAAGCGCACCGACUAUCAAAACUAGUCUUUGAAAUAAUUAAAGUGUUUCAUUUUCGAAAUAAAGUGGUCGUAGUUUCGACUUUGUUUCAUUUUGAAAUAUAUUACUUUUAUUGUCUUUUUAAAGGUACAAGCUUGUUGUUGUUGUUUCUUUUUUCUAAUCAGUGAUAGGCCUAUAUUAUAUUGUUCAUUUCAGUUUCUGAUGAUGCGAAAUGCUUUCCUAAAAGCAACACUCACACUGGUGGAAGUAGUACUCCACUCCGGAUAAUCUAUAUCGUUGCUGCAUUGAUAUUUGUUGCCUUAUUGUUUGGUAUUUAAAGGCGGAGAGCAAUGAACAAGGCAAAUAUUUCCCAAAGGUGGGCAAAGCAGUAAAUAAACAAUGUUUCCAAGGCAAAUAUUUCCCAAAGGUGGGCAAAGCAGUAAAUAAACAAUGUUUCCAAGGCAAAUAUUUCCCAAAGGUGGGCAAAGCAGUAAAUAAACAAUGUUUCCAAGGCAAAUAUUUCCCAAAGGUGGGCAAAGCAGUAAAUAAACAAUGUUUCCAAGGCAAAUAUUUCCCAAAGGUGGGCAAAGCAGUAAAUAAACAAUGUUUCCAAGGCAAAUAUUUCCCAAAGGUGGGCAAAGCAGUAAAUAAACAAUGUUUCCAAGGCAAAUAUUUCCCAAAGGUGGGCAAAGCAGUAAAUAAACAAUGUUUCCAAGGCAAAUAUUUCCCAAAGGUGGGCAAAGCAGUAAAUAAACAAUGUUUCCAAGGCAAAUAUUUCCCAAAGGUGGGCAAAGCAGUAAAUAAACAAUGUUUCCCGGCAAAUAUUUCCCAAAGCUUGGCAGAGCAGGAAACAUUGUUUCCUGCAUGGAAAUUAUUUCUCGAAGGUGGGUAGAGCAGGAAACAGUGUUUCCUGGCCAUGUUUCCUAAAGGUGCGUAUAACCAGGAAGUUUAUUUGUUUCUCAGUAAAUAUUUUGGCAGUCUUUCCCAAUUUUCCAAAAAGCGAUUAUUAAACACGGCACACUUGAUUAUUAUCGUAAAAAGAACCCAAAACCAAGUCAUGGUCUAGAUUCCAGACCACUCUAGAUGAUAAAAGUAUUUGAUUUAUUUGUUAGAGGAACAGCAGUGCACCUGUACAUUUUAAUCCUGGUGAUAACACGGUCAGACUUGACACGACGUAUCAGACUCCAGUUGAUGUCAGAAAUCAGAGUUUUUGGUCUCACAGUGGACCGUACGCGAUGAAUCCCCUCGAGAACCCUUCUGUGGUGGAGAAACGUAUGAAGGUAGGCAAAACAUUCGUCAAAUCUAAACGUUUCAUUAAAUUAAGCAGCGGAUGGUGGACGGAGUUCAGAAAUACUGAAACUGAUCUACCGUGGUAUAUGUCCUCUGUUUUCUUUCAAUAAAUCAUAAAAAGUUACAGUAGAUAAAUCAGAAAGUUAGGUUGUGAUAAAUCUAUUAAUAGUCGAUAAUGUAAUGUUCUCUAUAUGUUCAGGUGUGCCUCGAUCCAGCCUUCGCUAACCCAGCCUACAGUAACAACGAUUGCAUGACAGGCGAGACUAGUACAAGUUCCCAAAGGACCGUGAAUCACUACGAGACAAUAUGCCCGGUUGGGGUCUAUGAACGCAUCGACGACGGACUGCAUGGGAGAGUACAGGAUGCAGGAGCACGACUCAAAAGAAACGGACACGAAACAUGAGAAUAAAACACGACGAAAUGAAGAUGGAGUGAGAUGAGAAUAGCAACCAUAGUUCUUGCUGAAACAUUUUAAAUUAAAGUCAGAAUUUGCACGCUGCACAAUAAAAACAGAACUUUCUUUCCUAGCUUUUUAGAAAGUUUUUUUACUGAAAUAUUUUUUUGGCAGGAAGACAUAACGUAAAAACAAGUAACUAAACAUUAUAUAACAUAUAUCACUCCAGUUAAAUAUUGUAAGUUUCUCCGCAUGCAGAAUAGACAAAUCGAAGCUAUACUUAAAUUUGCCCGGUUGUGUCCUUCUGUGCACAGCUUUAGAGUAAAGUCUUGGCUUAUGAGCUGGUGAAUAUUAAUUAUCACUAAGAAUUUUAGGGCAGUGCACUUAGGCUGUAACAUGCACCUAGUUUGUAAAAAAUCUCAUACUCAUCAGUAAUCACUGUCAGUAGUUCAUAAAAUUCGUUAACAUAUAAAUCGUAAUUAAAAUCUUGUCAAUAUAUCCAAAUCUUGGAUCGUGACUAAAACACCACACGAGUACAUACGAGUAACAUACGAG